GUGUCAAUCGGUUUAUUAGGAAGAAAAGUUGGAAUGACACAACUGUUCAGCAAAACAGGGAAAGCUAUACCAGUUACUGUGUUACAGUUAGGUCCUUGCAUGAUUACACAAAUCAAAAAAAUAUCAUCUGAUGGAUACACCGCUAUUCAAAUAGGAUAUGCAGAAUAUAGUAAAAAUUAUUUAACGAAAGCUGAAAUAGGACAUUUAAACAAAGUUAACGCACCACAUUUACGAUAUUUACGUGAAUAUAAAGUCAACUCUUUAGAUUUAGACAACUUUAAUUUAGGUCAAAUUCUUACAGUAGAUGAACUAAAAAUUGGUAGCUUAAUUAACGUAUCUGGUUUUAGUAUUGGGAAAGGUUUUACAGGAUAUCAAAAAAGGCACCAUUUUAGUCGAGGACCUAUGACACAUGGUUCAAAAAAUCAUCGACAACCUGGUUCCAUUGGCGCAGGAACAACACCAGGAAGAGUAUUCCCUGGGAAAAAAAUGGCUGGUCGAAUGGGCAACAAUAAAGUUACUAUCAAAAAUUUACAAAUAAUUGAUAUAAAUUCAGAAAAACAUAUUGUCAUAGUUAAAGGCGCUGUACCAGGUAAACCUGGUAGUAUUAUAAGUAUUAAAACAAGAUAA